UGGGCGACCGGAAUCUGGCCACGUGUUGUCCUGUGUGUCUGAUAACGGUUCCACAGCCUUGUAAUGGUGCUUGGUGCUACGUGGAAUAACCUGGCUACAGCUGAGUGGACCACAAUGAAGAUAGCCUGUUGUCUGGUUGUGUUUGGUUUGGCCGUGGUGAGCGCGGACCUGCUGAGUCUCCUCAAGAGGGUCCACAACUCCAACACAUUCGUACACAUGCCUCACUAUGAACAGCUGCUUCUGGUGGAACUGAUGGCGGAGGCUGAGAUGGGCCAGCUGACCCAGUACAUCCACACCGUGGGCAUGAGCAGGAUCUCCACGAUGAUGCAGCAUAUCCCCCAGCACGAGGCGGACCUUUUGACCCAGUACCUGAAAGAGCACAUGACGGGGGAAGCUCACCCAGGAUCAACACCCUCACAGUGAAACCGGCUUCUCCUACAAAAAUAAACAUUCUCUUACAAACAA